CACCGCACCUCAGCAGGCGAUAGCAACAUGUUCACCUUCCGUCUUCUUCCUUUUGUAGCUCUGGCGCUUGCAUCCGUGCUGCCCAGAGAGCAGGCCGUUACUUACGAUGGCUACAAGGUCUACCACAUCGACACUGACGGCGACGCGGAUGCAGUCCUGACGGCCUUGUCCGCUCUGCCCUUUGAGCAAUGGAACUUUGAGAAUUCAAAACACCUCGACAUCUCCGUUCCUGGCAGUGAUGUCGCAGCCUUCGAGGCACUCGGCCUCAACUACAGCGUCAUGCACGAGAAUCUCGGUCUAGAUAUCGCCGUCGAGAAGGACUUUGGCGACUACGAGUCCGUCUCCCGAAGACAGUCUGGAUCGCUCCCGGCCACUUCGUGGUUCAACAGCUACCACUCUUACGCCCAGCACGUUCAGUACUGGAAGGACCUGAAUGCUGCGUUCGCAUCGAACUCGCAGGCGUUCGUGGCUGGCAAGUCCUACGAGGGCCGCGAUAUCUUUGGAUUGAAGCUCUUUGGCAAGGCCAGCUCCACGCCCAAGCAGGCCAUCAUCUGGCACGGCACCGUUCAUGCCCGCGAGUGGAUCACCACCAUGACCGUGGAAUACCUCGCCUACACUAUCAUCAACGGCUACAAGACCGGCGACGCCGAAUAUGUUUCCAUCCUCGACAAAUACGAUUUCUACAUCAUGCCGGUCGUCAACCCUGACGGCUUUGUCUACACUCAAACCAAUGAUCGUCUGUGGCGGAAGAACCGCUCUCCGACCAAGGUCCUCAAUCUCCCCACCUGCUACGGCACGGAUGUUAAUCGCAACUGGCCCUACCAGUGGACCGGCGAUCCAAACGGCGCCUCCACCAACCCCUGCGCUCAGACAUACAAGGGCAAGGCCGCUGGCGACUCUCCCGAGAACAAAGCCUUGGUCUCGCAAAUGACCGGCGUCUCAGCGAAACAGCCCAUCGCUCUCUACCUCGACUUCCACUCCUACGGCAACUACCUCCUCUCGCCAUAUGGCUACACCGCCAGUGUCCCAGCCAACUCAGCGAGUCAAGUCAGUCUGGCUCAGAAGGCAGGAGCGGCUAUCAAAGCGGUCUACGGAACGGAGUACACUGUUGGGCCAUCAGGAGCAACACUCUAUCCGACCACGGGCAGCAGUGCGGACUUUGCGACUGAUAUUGCGAAGGCGAAGUAUGCGUAUGCUAUCGAGCUGAGAGACAAGGGCCAGAAUGGAUUUGUGCUGCCGCCGGAUCAGAUUGUGCCGACUGGGCAGGAAGUGCUGGCGGGUGUGAAGGUUCUUCUCAAGGGGCUCUGAUGAGAUACGGGCGCUAUAUGAAUAUAGGUCCUGGGGAAGUGCUUGAACUCAGUUCUAGCCCCUUCCCAUAAGCUCCCACAUUGGCCAAUCUGGACCAGCACGAUAUCCCGGAUCGAAGUGGAGUUGGAAGACAUCAAGAGGAAUGCCGAAAUCAAGCAACCCAAGUGUCUCUAAAA